AUGUCAAAGUGCGAACACACAUUUUGGCUGGAAUUGGCUGCGGGCAAAGCAGUCCCACAGCUGGUCUACGGGUCCAGGCUUGCUCGGCUCGUUAAUGAGUUGCCCAAGCCGUCGGCCCAAUUGCCACAGCUCAUAUUUUUCAUGGGCCGUCGCCAGAAGAACCAGGCGCUUCGACAGUUGUGUAGUAGCAACUAUAGAGGGCAGAGCCGACAUCAAGGCUCCAUCAAUAUACGCUCAGAUAACCGUACGUUGCAUUCACUGCAACCACGGUUCUUUGCAGACUGUGACCCCACUUGUCGAUCGCUGCUGGCAGCAUUUGGCAACCUGCGUGUCUGUCACCCAGAGCAGGUUUUCCCUGUGGAGCUACCCACAGAGCACUCUCUGCUGGAUCUUAUGCUCUCGCGUCUCCUGUUUCUCUUUGUUGAUGUGCUCUGUAUCUUUGCCGACGAUGUUGGAGGGCUUGAGGGAGUCCGUGAACUGCUCGCGACCUGGGCACGGAUCGGAUCAGCCUCGAGUCUACCGCGUGCGGUCAGGCCUCGGGUGAUUGUUGUUGUUGGCAACACACCCAGUAUCACGCACAGCCUCUUGGACGAAGGAGACUUUCUGCUCGAGCUGCUCAAUGUUGCCGAUCUUCCUUUCUUCGCGGCUUUUGGGGAUAUCAAGAUAUCCCGCCUCCUGCCAGAAGAGCUAUCGCCCGAUGCUCGCUACUUGCCUCUGGGGGGGGAUAUCACCCAAGAGCUCCGCAACAUGAGAUUUUCCCGUGAGUGCCACAGUGCACUCUUCACAGCGAGACAUUUUCAGGCGUUCUUUGAGGUCGCCCUGAAGCAAAUAUCCACCGCACCACUGUCCCAGUUUGAUUUUAUACGCGCGGCACGGCAGCAGAACCCGCUGGACGGAGCGUUCUCUUCCCACCUUAUUAACUUCCUGAAGAUCGGAAAUAAGACACGCGCGCCAUAUGACGAAAUGGCAUCGUACAUUGCCUCUGCUAUCCUAAUGGAUGCCUACCCGCCAGGCAUGCCCGAGAUCUUUGGCGAGGUCGCACCACAUGCGGAUUGCGAAUACAUUGUCCGACAGUGCAUAUUAUGUGAAGGCUCCCGGUGUCUUACUGUGAGGUUGAAACCACCUACAGCUGCACCACGAGUAUUAAGCAUUGAUGGUGGCGGCUCCCGCGUUAUUGUUCCCCUGGAAAACCUGGAGAUGCUGCAGGAGGCUGUCGGCCCUGAUAUGCCCAUAGCAGAUCUAUUCGACCUUAUGGUCGGGUGCAGUUCCGGCGGCUUGCUGGCUUUGAGCCUGGAUAUCCUCCGCCUAGGGGUCUCCGAGUUAUACGGAAGACUUCGACCAGAUGUAGAAUAUGAACCUUUUGUCUGGCAGGUUGCCCGUGCAACAUCAGCAGCGCCACUAUAUUUCUCGGCUGUUGAUAUUCCCGGACUGGGCACUUUCCAGGAUGGCGGCAUGGGACGACACAACAAUCCUUUAAAUAUAGCGCUGUCAGAAGCUAAGCAUCUAUGGCCCAAUGUGGCAGACCCAGACGUCGUUGUCACCCUGGGAACUGGUUCUGAGACGGCUUCCCCCAAAGCUUCACGCUUCCGGAAUGCCCUAGUUGACGGUUGGAUCCCACGCGUUUAUCGCUCGUGGAAGACGUCCUUUAACGGUCAUGUCACAUGGAAGGAAGUCGAGAUGAGAUUAGGCAAAGAAGAUGGUUAUUUUAGAUUUGAUGAGUUCCUGCCGUACGGACUGCCAGCGAUGGACAGCACGGAUUGCAUGGACCUCUUGUCUGACCAGACUAGGAUGCAGUGUGGGGAAGACCAUGAGGAGGCAGCGUUGGCUUUACUCACCGCGUGCCUUUAUUUCCAAUUGAAUGGCCCGCCAGAUUACCAGACAGGUCUCUACCACUGUACCGGUACGAUACGAUGUCGCGCGCCUGCCCAGGCACUUAUUAGACGCCUGUCUCUGAUUCCAGGUGCAAGAGACUUUUACAAGGAAAAUCUCAACCUGGGUCUGCAGCUCUCGUCGGACGACAUCUGCCAGUUCGCGCGUCAAGUGCAGAAGGCUGACUUCGUUGGCCAUGGGGCUAUCCGCUUAUUCCUCUCGGUGCAGAUAAUUAGAUUGAUGGAAGGGCAGCAUUUGGACCCAGAAAUCGAACAACUGUUCCAGGAUUUUGACAAUCUUCCUCCACAGAGCUCGCUAUAUGAUAUCAGCGUUGAUCCGACCUUUUUUACAGCGGGAGACCCCUCUUAUCUUACCUCCUUCCCUUCCCUGCCAUCUCUGGAGGAAGACUCCUCGAGCACUCCGGCAGGAAAUGGCGAAAUCAUGCAUUGCGAGAAAGAGCACCAGGAGAUGAGGAGGGAGAUUGAGUCCCUAAGAAAUGAGUGUGUAUUACCGGCCCAAUCUCGUACCUUCAUGUUCUAA